AAUCACUUCGUUUGGUCCAAUUUAAUAUGUCUUGUGUGUGUGGUUGCCCAAUAUAAAGAGUCUAGUUGUUUACUCCAGAGUAGCAAUUCAAAAGGAACUUACAGAAUACCAUCGAUCAUGGCAGAGAAGGAAGGAGGAAUUGUCAAGACUGGCCAUGAAGAGGGGAUGAGAAUGGCAGUUGCACUUCUUGAGGAGUUUGGACUCCCCCUGGGACUUCUCCCCCUUGUAGACGUGAUUGAAGUAGGAUUUGUUAGGAGCACCGGCUACAUGUGGAUCCUGCAAAAGAAGAAGGUGGAACACAACUUCAAGAUGAUUAGCAAGCUUGUGAGUUAUGACACUGAAAUAAGAGGUUAUAUUGACAAGAAGCAUAUCAAGAAGCUCAAGGGAGUGAAGGCCAAGGAGCUCAUGCUCUGGCCUCCGGUCAAUGACAUAACUGUUGAUAGUCCCAAAAUUCACUUCAAGAGCCUCGCUGGCAUCACCAAGACCUUCCCAGCCGAGGCGUUUGCUGCCGGCCAGUAAACACAUUUGGAGUAUUUAGUACUUCAUGGUCCACCAGGAGUUGGAAACAGCUCCAUAAUAGCAAACUAUCCUUUUCUUUCUAUCUAUGUUUUUCAGGGGUGGAUUUCAUCCAUUGUUCAAUUACUUUCGUAUUGAAGGUUGUGUGUU